UUCUCUUCGAUCCAAAAUGGCGGCGCCGCGUGGCGUUAAACUGAAGGAUUUAAUGUGUGAUUUUACGGGAAAUACCGCACCAGACGCGUCUCCGGAUGCGCAGGGAGAAUAUGGGAAAAGCGAUAUUCCGAUCUUUGAGCUGGAUGUUGGAAAGACGUCAGAUGUCCUCCAUGGAGGGCUGGAACCUUCCAUUCUCUCCAUCUUUCAGGAGAAAGGUUCUCCUGGGGAGAUGUGUAGUCGAAUGGAUGCGGAAAGCGAAGCAUCGUUGCUUUCUGCUCUGACGGAGAUUCUGGACAGUGUCGAUGUUGAGACCUUGUCACCUUUUGACACGUUGCCAGAUUCAGAGAUUUUUUCAGCUCAUGGGGGUCGAGGCAGCACGCUGUUGUUUCCAGAACGAGAAGGAACUUUUCAGGGGCUCAACAUCUCACAACCACCAAAUUUAAAGUCAGGAAAAGACGUUGUCGUUUCAGACAGACAGCUCAGGCCCCGUCACCAGAGUGUGACAUCACAUCCUGGUGAUGGUGAGAGGAAUCUUAAAAAGUCCAAGAUCCAUUCUGUGAGAACCUUCCGGAUGGAAUCGGACCCGAUGUUCCCUCAAGAUGAACUUGAAUUUCUUUUAGAUUUAGUGAGACACAUGCACCCGUACUGUCUCAGGACUCACCUGGAAAAAGACGGCAGGACCACCGAUGUCCAUGUGUCCUCAGAGGAUGAGGAGGUGUUUGUUGAUGUCGAAGGUUACGAGGAACAAGAAGAGAACAUUCCAGACCAAUCAGAACAACUCUCAGGAAAAGACUCAGGAUUUGCUGGAUCAGAAGAAAGCAACAAAGAUAGUAGUAAGAUGCCACAACGCAGUGCUUUAGUAAAAAACAACAAUGUAAGACGUACAAAGAAAAGAGUCAGUUUUGCGGUGCAUUUAACUUUGGUGUAUGAGAUCCCGCCUGAAGAUGAGAAGUCCGAGUCGGAUUUGCCCGAAUCUCCAUCUUUGGAAGACAGUCCGGAUAAACACUACAACCCUGAAUGUGUUGACUCAGAAACAUUAUCCUCUAAAACUGAUCAAAUGUGUGACAUCCCAUCACCUCAAAAGCCCAGAUCCCUCAGUCUACAACAGUACCGUCUCCUCAGACAAAACAAACAGCUUCCUGAAGACGAGAGGAGGCUGGACCAUCGAACAAAAUGGCCCUCGAUUCCCAACGUUCCCAGGGAACUUCCACCCAUCCUGCCAGAUUUUAAAGCCCCACAGCUGAAUCUUAAAACAUUACAAACAGAUGCCAUAAACUCUAAGAGAGCUUCAUUCAGGUCAAAUGAAAUCACACGCUCAUCCCGCAGAGAUGUUGUAAAGGCCAAAAUAACAGGAAGAAAAUCUUCAAACAAACACAUUUGUGUUGAUCCACCAAAUCCCACCAUAGUGCCUUUGAAAUCCACACAACUCAAGCCAGAUCCCACGACUGCUGCUGAAACUCAUCCGGAAACACUUGAAACAUCAGAACUGUUGAAUUCUUCUUCCUGUGAAGAAGCUGGACCACCUUCAGAGAACGAACCCAUGGGUUUCACCAUCAAACCUGAAACAUCAGCCCCAGGUUCACCUCAGAGAGUAACAUCAGAUCAGAAAAGACCCACGAACAUCACAGAUGGUCAUAGUGAAGAUCAACAGAACCAGACAGAAAUCGGAAUUGAAGCCACAGAUUUGACCAGCCUCCUGGAGCAGUUUGAAACACAAGCUUGUGAAGGUCAGAUGAUAUCAGAAGUUUCCACAGAUGAGCGUCAGGAUCGAUGUUCACAGCCCUGCCGGAUGACAGACCUCUGCAGUACUGAAGUAGGACUAACGCCACCAGCGACACCUCCACAUCAGACCUGGAAGCCUCUGUUACCGGUCAAAGUGACAAAACCUGAAUCUAAAAAAGCCUCUCCAAGUAAAACCAUUCAGAUUAUUGAACCUCGUCCUCUGCCACCCAGUAAAGUGCAUUCGAAGCCUCCCCUCCCCUCCUUCACACCCGCACUUAACCCAGCUCAAACAUUUAUAGAUCACGAUUACUGCGGGACAACAGACGCUUUGAUUCAAAGUAGCAGGGCGUCACAUUCGGACAAGAGCUUACCAAAAACGGAUCAUCUGUCCAGCUCAGUGCUGCUGUCUCCAGACAGCUCCCCCUGCAGGACGGAUGCGUUUGAGUCGUUGCGGUUUUCCUCAAGGUCUCCCACCCCAAAGGAGCGGGGCAGGACAAGGAGGCGGGGUUACAGAUACCGCCGCUCAAACUCCAGUUCAGGGUCAUCUUGCUCCUCUUGUUCUUCAUCCUCAUCAUCCUCUCGUUCCAGGUCUCGCUCCCCACCCAAAAAAAGAUAUAGGAUGAGGCAUUCUGGCAGCAGUUCCUCCUCUCGCUCGAGCUCACGAUCACCUUCUCGUUCUCCUCCUCGCAAGCGUGGACGCCAUCUUACUAGGUCACGAUCACGAUCUUUAUGUCGCUCUCGUUCUGGUUCACGCUCACCUGAACGGGACUGGAAUGAGAAACGUGGCAGAUGGCACAAACCGAGGAAGAUGAACCGGCACAAUAGAAACGAAGAAGCUCGUAAAAUCUGUCAACAAAAAGCUAUCGAGGAACGCCGGGUGGUGUACGUAGGCGGGAUCCGAAGAAGUAUGUUACCAUCUGACCUCAAAGAUAGAUUUUCUCUCUUUGGAGAAGUUGAGGAUUGCACGAUUCAUCUCAGGAGUCACAGAGAUAACUACGGCUUUGUGACUUAUUACAAUGCAGACGACGCUUUCGCAGCCAUAGAGAAUGGAAGCAAACUGAGGCGUGCGGACGAACGUCCCUUUGACAUCUGCUUCGGCGGACGGCGUCAGUUUUGCAAGUCUGACUAUGCGGAUUUAGAUUCGAGGAAAGACGACGAGUUGACGUCCAGCGAUUCUGUGGACUUUGACACAUUACUGAGACAGGCUCAGAGAGGAACAAGAAGGUAACAACGAGAAAAGAUGAAGAUUGAGACUCACCUUUACCUCAGAGCAAAAGAUAUCUGAUGAAGUUAACAGCCUAGGAUGGGUAACCAGCUCAGAUGAACCAGCUCAUUACUGGUUUCCAUUGUAAGAGAUAUUUUUGGCACUUUCAUGUUGGUUUUGGUUUUGACAGAAAUUAAAGUUUUUGGUCAGAUAUUAUUGACGGAGUUCUUCUCCACUUGCACUUCAAUUCAUUAAACUGAUUUAGACUUCAACUUUCUUUUGAAGAUCUUUAAAGAAUGACUGUACAUAUGAAUAAAAUGCUACUAAUGUAAAUGUUUAGUGGUUUAAAUAUAUACAGUAUAUAGCCAGAGGUUUGUUUGUUUGUUUUUGUUUUUUUAAAUAAUACCAAAAACUUAUUGUUCUGUCUUGGUUGGAAUGGCAAUGUUUUACUUGAAUAAA